AUGGCUGUUCCAACCGGAGGAAUCAACAGAUACGGAAUCCUUGAAAUCCAAGAAAAGGACCUAUUCACCUUAAUAAAAGAGGAAGCACAGGGCUUUGAUCCCAUGCUUCUCUUCUUACUUGGCUACAACUAUUGCAAGCUUGAGGGCAAUUAUAAUGGCAAAAGUUUCUUUGAACUAGCCAAAAUAAUUCAGAAAAGUAUCAAAGGAAACCUUCUCAACAAAGUCGAGCUACAAGCAACCUACAGGAAGCUAUAUGGGCAGGACUACUUAAGUGAUGUCCUGAACCUCUCAUGGUUCAAAAGACAUAAGGAAGCAUUCGAACAGAACAAUGAAGAAGUAUCACUAAUGAAAAGGAACCCCAAAAGAGAGCAAGAAGAAUGCAAAGACGACUCUUUGAGCGUAGCUGAUGCUUCUAGCCCUACCAAAAGCCCAAAUGGCCUCCUUGUAAAGGAGGAAGAGAAGACUGACCUCAUUUCUUCCUUCCUAAAAUCAGAUAUUUCCUCUGAUCUCAAAAGUGAAGACAAAAGAAACUCCUCAGAAACCUACCAUCAACUGAUAGAGCACCAACAAAGAUUAGAAACAGAAAGGAAACUCAAAGAGGAAGAGGAAAAUAAGAAGCUAAUAGACCAAAUGCUUGCUGAAGAAAAGUUGCAUCAAGAAGAAGCCCAACAAAGAGCAGCUGAAGAGGAGCAAGAGAGCAUUAGAGUUGCUCAAGAAAUCCAAAAGAAGUUUGAAGAGGAAUCCAAGCAACGAAGAGAAGCCGAAGAGGAGAAGAACAAACCAGAGUGAAAGAUUUGUUAUGAUGUCAUUGAAUUCGAUGAUAUCAAUGUGAUUGGCUGUGGGCAUAUCUAUCACCCAUAUUGUAUGAAGAUGCAUCUCCAAGCAAAGACUGACUCCAAAGCUUUCCCUCUCUCUUGCCCAGAGCCCCAAUGAGGCAUGGAGUUGGCCGAGAGCGAAAUCCAAUCUUUCUGUGAUGAUGAGCUUUACGAUAAGAUUACAAAGUUCCAGCUAGAGUUAUUCUUGGAGCAAAAUAAUGAAAUGUUCAAUCAUUGUCCUACUCCAGACUGAGAGUUCGUUUUUGAAUGGGAUGGAGACAAAGAAAACCAGCAGUUCAAAUGCUCAAUUUGCCACAAAAAUUACUGCAUAAUGUGCCGUGUGGAGUGGCAUGAUGGAUUAAAUUGUCAGGAAUAUCGAGAACUGAACGGAUACCCACCAGAAGAUCGUGCGUUCUAUAAGUUCAUUAAGGGAGCACAAUUCAAACAAUGCCCUCAGUGCAAGUACUGGGUUGAGAAGAGUUCAGGAUGUGAUCAUAUGACAUGUAGAUGCAGAUAUGAAUUUUGUUACAGAUGUGGAGGAAAGUACCAAGCUUGAGAUUGAUAA